CGCUUCGCAGACACUGAUCGAAAAUGACCUCGCCUAACCGACCUUUGCGUCUAUGGGAACCUGCACCCGAGCCACCGACAAGGCUAGGACGCCACCGCAAGCUUGCACCCCUUGCAGGCAUCCACGUCUCCCCCAUUUGUCUUGGCGCGAUGAGCAUCGGAGACCAGUGGGGCAAGUACAACUUUGGCGAAAUGGACAAAGAGAGCAGUUUCAAGUUGCUUGACGCCUUCUAUGCCGCCGGUGGCAACUUCAUAGAUACAGCGAACAAUUACCAAGAUGAGACAUCAGAGAAAUUCAUCGGCGAGUGGAUGGAGACGCGGCGCGUGCGAGACCAGAUGGUCAUCGCAACAAAGUAUACCUCUAACCUAAAGAGUUGGGAUAAAAGCAUCCCGCAGAAGACGCACUACAUAGGAAAUAACAUGAAAUCACUGUACUUGUCUGUCGAAGCGUCACUCAAGAAACUUCGCACAGAAUACAUUGAUAUUCUCUAUUUGCAUUGGUGGGACUGGGAUUGCGGUGUCGAAGAGGUUAUGAACGGCCUGCAUACGCUUGUCACACAAAGGAAGGUUCUCUAUCUGGGGAUCUCUGAUACUCCAGCCUAUAUCGUUGCUAAAGCGAACAUGUAUGCGCGACUCACAGGAAAGACACCUUUUGUCAUCUACCAAGGCGCAUGGAGCAUCUUGCAGCGCGAUUUCGAGCGCGAGAUCAUCCCAAUGGUUCGCGAUGAAGGCAUGGCGCUUGCCCCCUGGAACGUCCUCGCCGCGGGUAAGAUCCGCUCCGACGCGGAAGAAGAGCGUCGGGAACAGACCGGCGAGAAGGGCCGCAGGAUAUUUAGCGACGCGUGGAAGCGAACGCCCGACGAGCGCAAAGUUUGCCAAGCGCUUGAGAAGGUCGCCGCCGAGGUGAACGCCAAGAGCAUCACGUCCGUGGCGAUUGCGUACGUGAUGCAGAAGACGCCGUACGUCUUCCCGAUUGUCGGCGGGCGUAAGAUCGAGCAUCUGAUGGACAACAUCGACGCGCUCAACAUCUCCCUGAGCUCGGAGCAGAUCGCGUACCUCGAGGGCGUGUUGCCGUUCGAUGUAGGGUUCCCGGCGAGCAUGAUUGGCGAUGGGACUGCGUAUAGGCUCACAUACACGUCGACUGGCGCGUUCGAUAAGUGGCCGUACCCUCAGGCGAUUCGUCCCGCCAAGUAGCAAAUAUAUGAUGUCUGAGGUUAACAUUUGUAAUGUUUGAGCCACAAAUAACAUUCGCAAUUUUGAUGGAUCCUGAAC